GCAAAUAUCAUGGAUCGCCUGCUGAAGAAAUGUCGGAUCAAGAGCAGUUUGGUCAGAGAGUGUCUGGCUGAGUUUUUUGGAGUCUACAUCAUAAUACUCUUUGGCUGUGGAUCAGUUGCCCAGGUGACAACCUCUCAAAACACUAAGGGCGAUUACCUGUCAAUCAAUCUCGGAUUUGCAUUGGGCACCGUCUUCGGGAUCUAUGUGUCAAAAGGGGUGUCAGGAGCUCACCUGAACCCAGCUGUGUCCCUCAGCCUGUGUUUCCUGGGCAGAUUCUCCUGGACACAACUUCCAUUUUAUGUGUUCUCGCAACUUUCAGGUGCCGUUCUGGCUGCGGCGACGGUUGCUCUUCAGUACCACGAUGCUAUAAUGCAUUUCAGUGGAGGACAACUAACAGUAGAUGGUGUUACGGGUACGGCAGGCAUCUUCUCAACCUACCCCGCAGAUUACCUGAGUCUGUGGGGGGGAGUGGUGGACCAGAUAAUAGGUACAGCGUCUCUUCUGGUGUGCGUUCUUGCAUUGGGAGAUCCUCACAACACACCAGCACCACCCGGUCUGGAGCCUGUCCUGGUUGGAGCAGUUGUCAUGGCGAUUGGUGUCUCCAUGGGGUCUAACUGUGGAUAUGCCAUCAACCCAGCACGAGACUUCGGGCCAAGGCUCUUUUCUUAUAUUGCCGGCUGGGGAAACGAUGUUUUCAGGGCUGGACACGGGUGGUGGUGGGUUCCGUUGGUGGCGACAUGUAUAGGUGGUCUUCUUGGCUCGUUGCUUUAUGAGUUUUUUAUUGGAGCACAUCAUCCAAAUACAGACCUCACAGAUACUGAACACCAAACAACAACACAAACUCUAGAGAUGGGAGGAACAGAACUGGACAUUGACACUGUUAAAACCAGCAAGAUGGAAGAUCCUUCGAUGUGAAGAAACUUGUCAAAGUUAAGUUAUUGUAUUUGCAUUCCACAUUUGUCAUAGAAAUAACAUGUCUGUAUUGUCUGAACUUAACAGAAAGGACACCGUCAUCUGUACCGU